AAACACCGCGUGUGUUUUGUCAGCUGUGUAUUUUGGUUUAUUACGUCAUAUAAGAUGUAGUGGGUGUGGUUAGAUUUAAAUCGGUGUCAUUUAAUCAAAAUUUUCUAUAGUUCAUUUGCAAUGGCUUCACGAUCUUUUGAACACAUUACUUCUCCAUUUGAAAAUGUUUUUAGUUUUUUGGGAAGUCUGCCGCAAGGUCAUGAAAAGGCAGUGAAACAUGCUCUUUAUAAUGCACUGGCGUUAUUCUUGUUAUUAAUAUCUAGUGCAGCCGGUUGGGGAUUAUUUAUUAUUUUGGGUCCUUUCAUUAAACCAUUAGUAUGGGCCCUAUUGUGUGGUUCUGUGCUUCACCCAUUCAAAUAUUCAUUGGCAGCUAUACUUCAGUCAUGGUUGCAAACAUUGGAGUCUAGUUCAACAUUACUGUUUUUUGGCAUUCUGAUGGUUCCUGUAAAUAUAAUAGAUGAUAUUUCAGAGAAGAUAGGAGGACAGCUUGCUAAACAUGUGAAGGCUCUUCUUGUAAUAGGAGUUACUGCUGUUGUACUACAUGUAUUUUACUGUUACACCCCACAUGUAUGCAUCUGCCUUAUUUGGCGUUUGGGGUUGUAUAGCAAUGCAGCUCUGUCUUGGGUCAUAGGACAUAUCAGUACAACAAUUGUCAUGAGUGUUGUGAUUGGCUACUUAGGUGUGCUGGCAUUAUGGUGGCAACCAAGACUGUCAAGACCAUUUGCAUAUGCUUCCGGUUUUAUCUGGAUACUGGUAGCAUGCUAUCUAGCCAGCAUAGCUAAUACAUUUCAGGUAUCAGUUUUCUUCUUCAUUCAGGCAAUGUUUUUGGCAGGUUUUAUGGUGGAAGUAUGGCACAUCUAUGAGAAGAUUAAGGCUUCUGGAAAGCAUGUUUCAUACACUGAUGCUGUGAAGACAGUUUUGAUGUUGAAAGAUGAAGAGGAGGAAAAUGGAUAUUCUGUUAAUAUUUCCAGUACUAUUGAAGGAAGGGCAAAUGAAGAUCAAAAGGAUGAAAUAGCAGACACCAGUGAACAAGAACAACAUGUUGAAACUUCAUCCAGUAGCCAAUUAGAAAAGGAGGCAUCAACACUUAACUUUGAGGAAGAGGUUCGAGAAUCCUGUGUUGCUACUGAGGUUUCACAGCCAGUAGCUAUCAGGUCUAGUUCUCAGCGACGUAUUAGUGAACCAUUCCCAUCUCAUGCAUAUUCUGAGUCACCCAGGAAUGUGGGUUCACGUGCGGCCCUUGAUCUUCUAACAGACUUGCAGUGGCAGAAAGCUAGACAGCAGUGCAGUACCAAGUAUGGUGUUGACAUCAAAUACAGCCAGCCUAUGGGCAGUGACAAGUAUCUAUAUGGUGUUCUGUAUGGCUGCGUUCUCAUGUUGUUGUAUAAACAUAGCUGGUUUCUGCAGCUCUGCCCAAUUCCGAUUUUUAUCUACAUAGUGAAACAUACAGGGCAAUAUCUUGGUAUAUGGAGUCUACUGCUGGAUCAGCUAGCAAGCCUGAAGCACCAUUUACUAAGUUGGUGCACCAAAAGAUGGAAUGCCCUUUUCCCAGCACCACUUGUAGGGCUCUUUAAGCUUGGAGUUAAAGUGAAUGAAAAAGUAAUGGAAUCAUUGAAAGCCUCUGUAAACUCCGCUGCUAGUGUUGUGGUAAUAUUUGGGAUUACCAUAAUCACUAUUUGUGCAUCCAUCUUACUAGCUGUUCAGGUGUAUGCUGAGGGUAUUCACUUAGUGUACAUGGGUGCAAACGUCAUCAACAGUACUGUAAUUCGUAAUUCGGAUAUGCUGGGUGUUGUUCCAGACGACUGGCAGGAUAAGAUGAAUGAUAUUCUGGAUAACGCUUACACAUAUGGACGUGAAGGGAUUUCAAAGAUGGUUCGUGGUUGGAUGAAAGAUGUGGAUAACCAGAAGGCAGCGUUGCUAGAAAAACAGAUUCUGGAUCUGUGGGAUCGAGUGUACCAGGCUUGGAUGAUGUCCUCUGGAGAACCAUCUGUUGGUCCUACUGUGACAACAGGAGCAGUAUUUACUAGCUGGGAUAAUUUCAUGGAUGGAAUGCAGAAGACACCAGAGCUUUUCAAUGUAAAUGCAAUGGUGGCAUUUGCAAAGGAGAAUGUGGAAACACUCAUGUCUGUGCUGGAUUCAGUGUGGAGCAUCUUCAAAGGCAACUUGAGUCUUGCAUUCUAUUCAUUUACUGCAUUGAUUGGUAUAUUGUUUGGUGGUGGCACAGCUGUUCUAAACUUCAUCCUUAAUAUGGUGGUGUUCCUGACGGCACUUUUCUAUCUUCUCAGCUCCAGUGGACAGCUGUACAAACCUGUGGAGCUCAUCACCAAUUUUAGUCCAGACAUGGGAAACAGAUUUGCUACAGCUAUUGAGACGGCAGUAAUUGGUGUGUUUCGAGCCUCUUUUAAAAUGGCUGUAUUUUAUGGCCUGUGGACGUGGCUUAUUCACAACUUGUUCGAUGUCAAAGUUAUAUAUCUGCCGUCAGUACUGGCAGCUACAUUGGCAGUGGUGCCUUUCUUGGGUACAUACUGGGCUUGUCUGCCAGCUUGUUUGGAUUUGUGGCUGGGUCAGCAACAGGGAAUGCAAGCUGUGAUGCUGUUCGUGUUUCAGUUCCUGCCGUCUUCCUUGGUGGAUACCACCAUCUACAAGGAAAUUAAAGGAGGUGGGCAUCCAUAUCUGACUGGCCUGUCAAUAGCAGGGGGGAUUUUCUGCCUUGGUGUGGAGGGUGCCAUUGUUGGACCGCUUCUGUUGUGUGGUCUGUUUGUGGCUAUUAAUAUGUCAAGCUCACUGAUGAAAGAGAGCCCUUCAGAUACAACACUCAACCGCUUAUCUCUUGGCAAUCGUUUUUCUCACAUAAAUAAAUUAAAGAGGAUGGACACCGUGAUUUAAUUGCUUUGACCAUUCCUUCUGGCUUUCUGGCUUCUUAUUGUCACUUCUUCUGCCUCAGAUUUUAUGGAGUUUGGUACUGCAAAUCACAAUUAUUUUGAAAGACAGAAGAUAUUUUUGUUACCAUGGACUAAUGACUGAAUGCAGAAAUUUUGCAGUUCCUUUUCCUUUCUGAGAAUGACCAGACUCUACAUACUUAUAUUCUCAUAUUUUAGUUUAUGUUAUCAUGUUUGUGUUAUGUGUUACUUGUUAUAUGCAAAAUAAUUCUAACCUUCUUACAGUGAUGUAUGGUUUGAUGUAAGUUGUCAGUGAAGUAUGAUUUGGUUGUUACAAGAAGGUAAGGAACACCAAUUUGUUAGCAGUAAUUAUGUAAAGGGACUGAGAUGUGUUAUGUUUUAAUUUGUGUCCUUGAACUCAUACUAUUUCUUAAUUUGUUCUGCUUUCUUCCACUAUAAAACACUGGCAUGUGAUAUUUUGCCUAGUUACAAAUUGUAAUAUGACGAAUGUCCAUACUCACUGAAAGUCUUUGUGGUUAUAAUGCCAUAUAGUUCUGUAUGUGGUUACAAAUGUUUUGGAGAAAUUUACUGCUGCUGAAGUUUGUAAGUGCCUUCAAAAUGUUGGUAAACCACCUGCAGGAAUUUGGUAAAAUGUAAUAAAAGUUGUAUGAACAUGUUUUCAUACCUAUAGCAGCUCACUGUGCCAAGUUCAAAUGCUUAAUGUUUGUUACUUGAAUCUCAUGCACUAACUUGUGGUUACUUUUUCUGAAAAAAUAAUACUUAAGUUGGGGGUUUGUAAUACUUUUUGACAGAGGAAUUAUAUGCUGUUUUUUUAUAUUUAUGUAAAUAUGUCUAAAAAUAAUGUUUCAAAGAUGGGAUGUAAAUAAUUUGAACAUGAAUUGUAGCUUUGAGUAUGUAAUAGUUAAAUGUACUUGUUGAGUGCUCUUCUGAUGUGUGCUAGUGCACACACACCAGAUGUCUCUGUAUGCUAUGAAUUUACUAUAUUCUAGCACUUUCAUUUGUCUUCAUAAUUAAAUUUCUUAAUUAUUUAAAAUUUCUUAUUCAUGCUAUUGGCAUUUUAAGCUGUCAACUUAAUAUCCCAUCUUUUUGCAUUACU